AUGGAUUACCCACAAGAAAGCUUUGUUGCGACGACCUUUGCUCCAGGAUCUUUCUGGGCACGUCGUCGCGAAGUGGUUCGGACUCAGACUCUGCGGCAUCAACUUAACAUGCUCAAAACCACUGGAAGAUAUGAGGCUUUCAAGUUGAAGUGGCAUCCAAGCUAUGGAGAUCCUCCCACGGUGUAUCCCAUUCCAAACCACCAGUUCUGGGAUUCCGAUGUGGCCAAGUGGAUUGAAGGAGCUUGUUAUUUAUUGAUAGACCAUUACGAUGUCGAGAUAGAUGCAGCUGUGAAGGAGCUGGUGCAAAUGAUUCAGAGUGCCCAGGAACCUGAUGGAUACCUUAACAUCCACUAUACAGUUGUAGAACCCGGCAAGCGUUUCACAAAUUUGCGAGAUAUGCACGAGCUAUACAACGCUGGUCAUCUCGUUGAAGGUGCACUUGCCCAUCGUCUCUUUUACAAGAAUGAUGACAUGCUAUCUCCCAUACUGAAGUAUGUGGACCUUCUUGCAGCAAAAUUCGGAGACCAGGAUGCCCAAAUCCCCGGAUAUCCUGGACACCCUGAGAUUGAGCUCGCUCUCCUGCGGCUGUACAAAGUCACAGGAGAUGAAAAACAUCUCAGGCUAGCCCGAUUUUUCAUUGAAGAACGAGGUAAUCCUUCGGGUGGGAAAACAAAAAGGCACUACUACGACAUCGAAGCUGAAGCAAGAGGCGAGAACGAGCAUGAACGACCUGCAUACUUCCCCGCCUCCAGGAGCUACUCUUACCAACAAGCACAUGUGCCGAUUGUUGAGCAAGAAACAAUUGAAGGACACUCAGUUCGAGCCAUGUACCUGCUCACAGCAGUUACAGACCUUGUCCGGAUAUUCGGACCCGACAGUAAAGUGGGAACAACUUUCUUGCCUGCUGUCAACCGGCUCUGGUCGAACAUGGUUGAGCGGAAGUCCUAUGUAACCGGCGGGAUUGGAGCUAUAAAGCAAUGGGAAGGCUUUGGUAUUGACUACUUCUUACCUCAUGGAACUGAUGAGGGCGGUUGCUAUGCAGAGACUUGUGCUGCGAUUGGAGUCAUGAUGCUUUCUGAGAGGCUGCUACAGGUUGAUCUUAGCAGCCAUUACGCUGACAUCAUGGAGCUGUGUCUUUACAACGCAGUAUUGACUGGUAUGAGUCUGGAUGGGAAGGCAUUCACCUAUGUGAAUCAGCUGGCUUCCUCGGACAAUGAUCUUUCCGAGCGCCACGAAUGGUUCGAAUGUGCUUGUUGUCCACCAAAUGUUACACGCACCUUAGGUUACAUGGGUGGGUAUAUCUGGAGUCACAAUGCGACAGAGACUAGCGCCAUCAUCAAUGUGCAUCUGUAUACCUCGGCCACUCUACGUGUUCCUGUUUCAGAAUCGGUAGUUGAAAUCACCCAGAAGACCGACUGGCCUUGGAAUGGGGACGUGGAUUUCAGCAUCCAGACAAAUGGACCCCCUGCUGAACUCCAAAUUAACCCGAGUCCCGAAAACCUAGAUAUCCAAAAAGGAUAUCUAUAUCUAAAUGCUAAAUGGCUACAAGAACAUUCUCAAUUCCGACUUUCAUGUCCAAUGAAACCACGAGUAACCAGGCCCCAUCCACUAGCCAUGCAGCCAGUGGCAUACGUCACACGAGGGCCGAUCGUAUACUGCGUGGAAGAUUUCGAUCACCUAUGGGAAGAGCGUCAUUUCAAGACGACCUUAUUCGAUCCCCAGGCCAAUUUACGGGAAGAGCCACGAUCCGAGCCCGAUCAGUAUGUGGCCAUCAUUGCUGAGAAUGGAGCCAAAGGCGAGCUUGACACGUCACCUUGGGAUAAAAGGAUCGUGGCAGAGGCGGGGACUGCUGCUACUGGAGAGAAGAGGGACCUGUGCUAUGUGCCUCCCAACAGCCUCCUCCGAUCUCUUAUCAGUGGUUCUCCUGCCCCACCGCGUUCCUCUCCCUGGCUCCGCGCCCUCUCUCACGCCAAUACCAUGAUCCGUCGCAACUCUGACAUCGAAAUCCAGCUUCCGGAUGCCGGGCCGACUCCUCUUUCCCCCGAGUCUGUGACCGAAUCCGAUGUGGAGAUGCUGUCGGAGGAACAGGCACCACCCUUGAGCCUCCCGCCACACAUCGCUGCCCGAUUUUACCGCAAAAGCAGCAUCUUCCGUCGCUCCUCGGCCGCGUCGUCUCGCCGAAACUCGGUCUCGUCCCUGCACUCUCAUCAUUCCGCGUCGUCGAACGGAUCGCCGACUCCGGAUCACAUUGCCCAACAUCUCCGACGCACGUCUAUCUUGGAGAACCGAAAGGCCAGGCUCGCUGAUCGGGCAUUGCAUGGGGAGAAAGUAAGGUUGCGAGCCGCCUUGGCUAAAGCAGCCACAAGGAAUCUUCAAAUAGAAGAGAGAGCACUGGCUGCCCAGCAAGCUCGUGAGCGCCUGCUUGCGGACAUCACGGCCAAGUGCGAAGAUCAGGUCAAACGAGCCAAGAAGAAGGCCGAGGACCAGCGGGACAAGAAGGCUGCUGAAGAAGCCCGGCUGCGCGUGGAAAUGGCGGAGAAGUUUGCUGAAGCGGAGAAGCGACGUACGUUGUACCAGCAAACGCACCGACGCCAACGCACGAGCAGCUUGCCAGUUGCCGCGGAGAAAAAGAUGUCUCGAGAGAUCACCAAGUCGUCCACACAGGAUGCGGCUGCGCGCAAGAUCCAGCGCGUAUGGAAAACCCAUAAUGCUAAAAUGGUCAUGAAGCAGUUCCAGUCGUUGAACCUCUCUGUGAACCGAGUUCGCAACGAGACUUUUGAGCAAGUGGGUAGGUUGCUUUCCAACAAGGAACUGUUAGAUACCAUGACCAAAGUUCUCCGACUUUGUGGUUUGCAAGAUAUGGAAGGCGGGACGAUGGGUGAGAGGGGUGCAGUGCGCACUUUUCUUAGCAGUUAUCUGAUCGUUACACAUCCCACCGAAGUUUUGAGCAGCAGCAAUGGAGAACAGGAACAAGACUUGAUUGACAAAGCUGGGGAAUUGCUGGCGGCUUUUGAUCAGGUCACAGCGCUGCUAUCCUCAGGCUGUUGCUCUCCUUCUGUGAUCACCGCGGAUCUCCAGACCUUGUGUGAAAGGCACAAUGUCUUUUUCUCGGCUUUCCAUGCCUGGAAAUCUCAUGACUCCAGCGUCUUGGUUGAGAUCAUGAUUGCUCAGUUUGUCGAACUGGAGCUAAUUUGGCAAACGGUCAAAAAUGACCAGGCUGGCGGUGCUGCAGAGGACUACAGACAGGGCAUCAGACAGAACCAGAUUCUGCUCCUCGCCCGCCUGAAGCGACUUGCCGGCCCAGACCGACACAUGGAGCUGAUUCGAGAUUCACUAAAGAAGGCUAAGCGGGAAAAGAAGCGUGCAGCUUCUAAACAAGCUAUUCCUCGAUCUGCCGAGGCCGUCCCUCCAUCUACGGAUGUUCUGACAGAGAGUGUCACCUCGCCAAUCAGUGAGUCCUUCAACAACCUCGAUUUUGCGGUGCUCCAUGAACUGGACAAGCAGCGGACAUCGCCUCAUGAGCGAUUUACCAAGAUCCUCACUCCUCUCCCUGAAAACCGGGAGUUGGUACAUGAACUUCUUAUCAACAAAGAGUUUAAGAUCGAAGAGGCGCCUUACACUGAGCCUCGCCGAGAGAUCAUGAAGCAAAUGUGCGAAACGAUGAGACAAGGGGUCGAGGCUGGACAGGCUACUAACUGGAUUGUCGCCAUGGCCACGGUGAUCCAAGAUCGCUUGUUACGCUCGCUUCAGCGUGGCAAUUCGCUCUACGUGAUAAUCAGUGAAGUCUUGGAUCCGAAGCUGGUUCAAGGACAGUGCGAAGCUGGCACCUUCUCUUAUGACAAUUUCUUCGAGUUUAUGAACAAUAUCUUACCUCGCCUGUGUGCUCCCUAUCGAGACCCUGUGGUCAAGGCGUUCAUCGAAGAUACUUCGGGGGAUGAAAUUGACCGUUUGGCCCGGUUAAUGAGCAUCAUCGAUCUGCUAUCGCUCGAUCAGACGAAUUUCAUGAUCCAACUGGCCGCACCUCAGCUCAUUGAAGAAGCUCCGGGAUACGAGCAGCGGACAUUCGAUCGAGGCAUCGCAGAUGGGACAAUCAGCGUCAGAAAGACCCGGCGGUUCUGGCGCACUCAUCACAAGAUCCUUGUUGACGAGAUGAAGAAGCGAGACCCGGAGAACAUCCAUGGUGAACCGCGUCCACAUUCGGCGCGAGUUUACGCCCAGGGCCUUGCUGAUACUGUUUUGAGUAAUGCAAUUGUGUCUGAGGACCUGAUCCCAGAAACAUUGAGCCUUGAUCGUCAACGACUUGAGCGGUUACAUGCCAGAGCAUUCCAAAUCGUGGCAACAGCCUCAAUCUUGUUGACGGCGAAGAACCUGCUCAAGCGGGAUGUCCGGUCUCAAUGGAAGCCGGAGGCAGACCGCAUCCUUUCACUGGACUUUAACGAAAUCAGCGCAGAACGCGUGCAGUCAAUUCUGGAAUCAACGCAUCCAAUGCCACCCGCCGCAAGUGCCCAACUUGCAGCAACCAUCAAGCGAGUGCUUGGACCCGUCGCCACAGCAUGUAUCGCAGCUGCACCCCAGCUAGCCGUGGUAUCUUCCGAUGUCUCUGCAUCCGAAAUGCCCUCAACGGACUCACAAGCAAAUGCGCCCAGCUUCUCGGACCCAGUAGCGCGACUCAUGCUCUCACGUCUCCGGAGUCAUGUUCUGUCCCGACUGAGCGCAUCAAGUGCCUCGGAGCGAGUUCGAGCCACCACAACGGCCAGUCAGAACCUGGCUGCUGCCGGUAUGCCGGAGUUUGUCAAUGAAGUUGGACAGGUGGUGGAGGAAUUAGAGAAGGUCCGCGAGGUAGAUUGGCUUUGCCACGGGGCGGUAUAUCAAGGUUUAUACGAAGAAGGCGUUCUACCACAGUGA